AGGUAUAAAAUACCAAAAUGCUCAGCCACCCAAUCCAUAGCUCAGUAGUAGUUUGCAUUUGUACAUCGCCGACUUUGUGGGUUGUGCCGCUUUUCACAAACCCAGAACUUCAUCAGGCUUUGAAUAUUCAACAGCAUUUCCCGAUAUGGGAGUUGGGUCGUGAUCAAUCUGGGGAAGAUUCGGUCGCAACUGUAAAAUGGGUUUAGUGAAGUAAAAUCGGGUGUGGGGAAACGGUAUUUUCGCCGUCGCGAGAGGGAAUGUAGUUGCGGAAUUCAUGGCGAUGAAGGGGAGAGUGAGUGAGUGAGAGAGAGGAAGAGCGGUGUACAACGACGCGAGGGCGGAGGACCUGGCAACAGGGGCCUGCUUUAUUCAUCAUGGUGACUUGGGGACGAAGAGUCCGACAACGAGCGUGUCAAUUCGAAGUAAUGUCCUGCCACGCUGCGAGAGCCCGGUUUCGCACACCCCACACGGAUGCUGUAUGCAAGUGUAGGUGGGAGGGAAGGCGGGUUGCUGUUGCUGUUGCUGUUGCUGGCAACUGCAGCAGCUACAGGUGAGCAUGAUGAGAUCUCGUUGUCAGAAAGGAAGACUUGCUAAAGUCAGCUCACAGAUCAUCCUGCCUCGCUGAGCGGCCUGCACUAGGCGUGGACCAGCUGCGGACCUGAAGGAUAUUAUUCAAGUGUUGGCCGUCACAGUCCUGGAAAACCGACUGCACACAUCCGCACAGCGGGUAUAGAGAUCGCUUAGUGCGACUGGCUGAGUUGACAUGUAGGUGCCUCCUCCUCUACCAAGCGGGGCUUGGUGACAAAAUGUACUCGUUUCUGAGGCCAAAACGCCGUGAGAUACUGUAGAUGUGUUUGUUUUCUUCGGAUUUCUUCUUCAUCUUUACCUUUUGUACAUCCCUUCUCUCCUUUCUUGAGGAUGGGUCUCGCGGGCAGUGAAUGAUGGGAGGUACUUGUCUUUGUCUUUGGCACCGCCGCAGUUGCAAAAUUCAUUCAACCUCUCGACGUCGCGGUCGUUGAUGCCGCUAGAAAGAGGAAAAUAACAAGAGGAGUUGAUGUAGUUGUAGAAGCAGUUCAAGCAGAGAGCACGCUGAGUAAAGAAACGUUUUGCUUGUUUCAAAAGGAGUGGGAUCAUUCACUAGUUGAGUCGAGUGCCUUGCAGUCAAUUGUACACCAGACUCAGAUUGGGCCUGAUUCGCUUCCACGAACCGUUGGAGUGAGAGGUGAGUGAAGGGGAGUGAAAUAGUGCCUGUGCAGGCACGAUUGAAUUAUUCGAGCUCCAGAAGCGCAAUACCUUAGGAAAAAAGGCUUGCUCGAGCAAAUAUAGGUACUGCAUAAUCGUGGACGUGUGGAAAUCUCAAGGUAAAACAAGUAGUUCCACCGAUUGGGCUUGUAGUUGAAUCUCAGAAUGUUCAAUGAAUGACGACAAAAAACUCGCGGUUUGUUCAAUAACUUGGACGUAAGGUUCACUUGUACAGUCGCGUCAUGGGCUGAAGCUGGCGAUUCUCGAGGUUGGUCGGUUCGGUUCUCGCCAUCCAGCGCGUAGUACUACUAUGUGAAGAGUAUAGACCUUCACUUGGGGCUAUUUGUGCCCACGGUGAUGUUGAGUGGUCGGCACUUGAGAGACCAAGAGUGGUUAUGGAUUCCCACCGCUCAUUUCAACCGUGCUGCCGUACGAAGGUGCACCUGCGGUGCUUCAUUCCACCAGUCAUGGAUUGCGUGUUGAUUUCAGAGGUUGCAAUGUAAUUAUUAUUCCAAGUGUUGCCUACGGAGUUCAAGUAAAAGCACGCGAAGUAGCCCCGACAUUUUGUUUUUCCAGCCCUCUGUGGAUUUGGGUAACGGGCCGUAACAUAGGACCGAGCCUGACGAGAAUUAGAAAUUCGUGAAUCCCACAGGCUUGGACAUUGUGGGGGCGUACCUGUUCUGGGACAUUCUACAGUUCAAAAAUUCCAGGUCGAACGUUACUUUCCAUCGUCAGGACGCCAUUGACUUCAGUUUUUACGAUGAUGAUUUACUGCUUCACUCUCUAGCUUCAUCAAUUAGAACGUUUUUGAGCAGAGCGUUGUCUAGUUGGGGCACAUGUUCUAUUAGACGAAGCUGGAGCAUGUUCCUGUAAUUCCUCACAACGAAAUCAUCUCUCGAUUACAACAGCAGAGAAUCCUGCCACUCCUCGACCAUCUCAGUCUUCUUCAUUACCUGGAGCGGGUUUUCGUAGCAUUGUCACGGGGUGAUAUAUUAGUGUUAGAGCUUGUGCGAUUAGUGUGGAAAAAGCCUGCUUCCAAGCAUACAAAGAUUAGGCUCCGAGGUCACACCUCUCUACUUUCAGUGGCUGAGGUUUCUCCGCUGAAUGUUUUGCUCCUCUCACGUGAAGCCCGACGAUCGAUAUGGUCAGCGAUUAGAAUCUACCAUUCGUCUAACUCGUCAAUUGGAAAAGCAGCUUGUUACGGCCUGCUAUUUACUCAAAUGAUUAUGUUCUGACAACCCCAAUUUGUUGCAAGGGAGACAUGGAAUAAGUCAUGGCACAAACAUCGUCGUUACCAUUUCCAGAAUGUGUCUACCUGGGCUAUCUGCCUCCACUAUUAAAGCCCAAAGUGAAUAGUUUGGCGCCACUAAAGACGUUCUACCAACAGAGAGAAAAGGAUAUUUUUCUGUGGAAGUGACAACAUACGGCCAUGGCUGGAAGGCCAGCCCCAAUUGAGCAACACGGAGAGGGUGUGACAGAAAGCGCCAGCUAUUUAGAGCAUUUGCUGCAAAGGCUAGAAAACACGGCCGACCAGGAUCAAGCAGCUGUGCCAUCACCUACGACUUCCACCAGGGGAGUUGAUCCAAACUACGAUGCUUCGUCGCCAAUUCCUGCCAAUCUCUGGCAGCACCUCUCUUCUUCCAAUCCCUCCUCUCCUCGUGAUUACUAUAAUCUCAUUCAAUCUCCAAUUCCGACUACCAAUUUUCCCCGAGACACGGUCGUUGAGAAUCCAUGGAUGGAAGAACUGGAACAGCAAAAAAUCGCUGCAUCUCAAGCUCAACACAUGACUGCCUCUGCAGCAGUUGACGAAGGCCACAGAUCACGUGAUGCGAUCGGUCAAUUGCCCCCUGUUCCUGGCGACAAUUUGAACCAACAUCGUCUUGACCAGCUAUAUCCUUUCGCUUCGUCAUCUGCAGAGCACGGAGUAGUUUCAUCAGAUGCGCUACUAUAUGAGGGAGGUGCUGCACAAUGGUACCGAAGCGGUGGCUACUUUGGGCCGGAAUCCUAUUUACCUCGAGGCGGGGAAGCAUUUUAUAGAAAUUUCGCACCCAUGGAAUCAUCAGGAACUCAGAGUUCAGAUUCAGCGUCAGGUAUUCCACAAUUUGAUGGCCGGAAUCUGAAAUCUUGCUCUAAUGGAAGGGAUGAAGCAAGGAUUGGAUGGGACCAAUCCAUAGCGAGCCAGUUUGCCAGGUCUUCAGAGACACAUCCCGAGAGUGACGUGAAUCGCGCUAUUCCGCUGCCAACCCAAGCAUCACUGCCCAGCGUGGCAGGGAAUGCGAAUACUGAACCAGGCGCAUCUACUCGUUCGGAGAAUUCUAUGGGCACGCCAAACACGUCCCUGUCGUCGGGGCCCAGCGACGAAAGCGACUAUGAAGAGUGCACCAGAAAUGUCGAACCACCUGGAACUGACAACAGUGGGAAGAGGAAAAUACGGGAGCCGCCAGGCGAAGAGGGGGAUGACUCUGCAAGAACGUCGGAGGUUGAACUCAAGAAGACGGCGUUUGAGAACUUGCCUAGGAAGAAGGGGAAUGCUGCGAGACGGCGAGAACCUCGAUUUGCCAUCAAAACGCGAACCGACGUGGACAUCAUGGACGAUGGUUUUAAAUGGCGCAAAUAUGGCCAGAAAGCCGUCAAGAACAGCCCUCAUCCAAGAAACUAUUAUAGGUGCACCACACCGCAGUGCCCGGUUCGGAAAAGGGUGGAACGGUCCAGCGAGGAUGCAGGGCUGGUUAUCACAACCUAUGAAGGCACACACACACAUCAGACGCCAGGAGUCCUUCGGUCACCUGGGUCAAUAAGGCCUCUCGAACCUGGUGGCAGAUUAUAUCAGAAUCCUGUGAAUCCUGCCGGACUGGGCCCUCGCGGGAACCUCUUACCGUUACCCCCGGAGUUUUCACUCGCCGCUUUAAGCCAACUGCGAAGCUUGCAGCAGAGUGCAAGAUCACUGCAAGGCCUAGGGAUCCCACCUGGCCCUCGAUUUCCUGGGAGCUUCCUACGAGAGAGCCUAAAUCGGGCACAGCAAUUUCUAGGACUACACGAUCCCGCCUUUGGAUCCAUCAAAGCAGAGCCAUACCAUUUUAGAUCGCUGGAUUUCUUGCCCGGAGGUUUUUGUUAUGGGUUCCCAUAUCCAGGCACGAUUUUUCCUUCCACUGGAAUUCCAGAAACGAUGUACAUGAUGAGACCGCAACAUGGCAGACCACGGAGUGAUCCCUCUCAAACCAGGAAUCAUAACCCCGCAAUGGCAGAUCCUGAUUACCUCGAUCUUCCUCAACAAACAACACCGCCAACUGAAGGCGAUUUAGUGCGUAGGGUGCUGGAAGCGGAAGAGAAGGAAUUAGUGGAUGCAGUCAGGCGGGGAAUUAGCACUAACGUAGAUGACUUAACAGCUACGGCAUCAACAUUUAAUCAGGGCAGUGCAGCCAGUCCACAUGAAAAUUUUGCAAGUCGGCUCCAGAGUAGUCCACGAAACCGAGUGGAGGUUGAACGGAUGCGAGCUCUGCAAGCCAGAGCAGCGCUGCAGCAGCGGGAGGUAGGAAGUUCGAGCGACAAUCAAACAAGAUCUCAACGUCGGCAACAGCCUCCCAACUCCAACGAAGACUAAUUGGAGAAUGGGCUAAGAUCGCAGGAGAUGGCGAAAUCUGGAGAUUUAAAUGCGACCAGGUAGCAGGUAGAAGAAUUACAACACUCUUGAUUACUCCACACACACACACACACACACACUAUGCCAGGAUUCACAUUGCAUUUUCCUCACUGGAAAAUAAAUAAAUAAAUAAAAUGUAAAAAGCAUUGGAACCAGGCGACGAUCGACAACAGGACUUGGAGAUCCACGGCUUGCCAAUUGAAGACAUUAGCGAGCUGUCCUGGGGGCAAAGGUGGACUGAGCUUCAUCACCUGUAUAUAAUCUACACAGCUUAUUAAUCAACGUUUUUUUAUACGUUCUCUAUUUGGUUUAGUUGGUGAAGGAGAGUGAAUUGCCGGUACAACUCUCAGUUAGCUUGUUUCGUAAGAAGCUGUAGACUGAUUCUUACAUUCUCGCAGCAGAAUAGUCCUUCAUUCCCUUAGAAAAAUCAGCAUAAGAAGUACUCGUCACUCCUCGUGAGAAACCUCACACUUCAAAGCACCAGAACUUGCGUGAAACCUUUCUGAUGAAUACAAUGAUUGAUAAAGUGCUGUUCGCUCUC